UUCUAGAAUACUGUAAGUCUGUAUCUGCAAGAAUAAAUAAUAGGUGGUGUGGCGUUAGUGUUUAUAUCCGAUAGAGGCAAUAAGGCCAGCCACAAAUAAAUCCCUAAACCUUAUGCCUGAAACUCCAUCCAUCCAUCCACCCAUGCAUCAUAUUCUCUUCUUUCUUCUUCUUCAUCUUCUCUUAUAGAGAUUAGAUUAGUUUAUCGUAAUAUCGUAUGAAUCAUCUAUCGUGAUGACGAUGAAUCAUGAGUUUGGGGAAUCAUUAUCAUCUGAAUCUUCAUCAUCAAGAAGUGAGUCUUUUGUUAAUGUAUAUGAUCUGACAGAAGACUUGGCGGUAGAAAUUCUGAUGAGGUUGCCGGUGGUGGAUGUGAUAAAAAUGAAGAGGGUGUGCAAGUCAUUGUAUUCCUUAAUCAAUAGCUCCGACUUCAUCGCCAAAUACUCCCUCCUCGACGGUGACAGGGAUCCUUAUAUGUUCAUCUCCAUCCCAUUUAAAGGAACUCGUGUAGUUUCCGUUUACGAAGAUGAUGAUGAUGCAACAGUCAAAACAGUUAUCCACAUCAGACCCACACCCGCACGGUUCUGCUGCUGUUGCUGUGACGGUGUCCUACUUGUUUCGUUUGCCGGACAGUUGGCCUUGUGGAACCCUGCAACUGGAGAUAUCAAGGAUGUUCCAACUUAUGAUCAUUAUAAGAAUUUAAGUGAUAGUGAUGAUGGUGGGGAGGAAGAUGAUUUAUAUGUGACUAAUUAUGGAUGUGGGUUUGAUUUCCAAAAUAAUGAGUACAGGCCUUUCAUCGUUCUCAGCGACAAGUGCUAUUCGUUUAAAACGGAGAUUGAGAUCUACAGCUACAAGAAGAAAAUUUGGAAAAUCAUUCAAUCUUCUGGGAUUAUUUCACAUGGAGUUGACAUGGUAUACGCCGAUGGAUUUUGUCACUGGCCAGGAUUCAGCCGCCUUGUCGGCCCUAAUGGCAGGGAUGUAAUUGUCUCUUUUGACGUCACAAAUGAGAUAUAGCAGAGAUGAGAGGACCAUAACCAUAAGACCCUCUUCAGGGGAUGAAAGUAGUCCCUUUCCCAACCCAAUACAAGCGGAUCUCCAAGUUAUGGUCCGUAACACUGACGUCAUUAAAGAAUUCUUCAUGGGAUUCACCAGUUCCGUUGGCUUCCUCUUUUAUGUUGAAAUCCUCUUUCUAUCUUUUCCUGCAAAUUAUAUAAAAACUUUAGAAAAUCCAUAUAUAGCCCCUAUUAUUGUCGAGUAGGAUUGUAGAGUAAGCAAUUACCCUGAAU